UGCCCUAGGGCGGCCGCGGCCGCACAGCCGGAGCAGCCCCUUCUUCUUCAGGAUGAAGCUGCCCCCGAUGAAGGCGCUGGAGGCCAAGGCCAACCCCAGCCCCACGUAGAAGCCGGGCCGCCCUCCCGCCGGCCCCAUGGCGGCCCCGGUCCGCCGCGAUAGGCUUCCCCGGACGCGGAACGGGCGGUGCGGGGCUGCGGGGAGCCCGGGCCGGCACACACUGCUCCGCCCACGGCAUCGCCCCGCCCGGCAGACGGAAGGGCCGGGGUUGGUGCGCGGAAGCUUCGCUGCGCUCAGAGCCGAGGAAUAUGCUUCCACCGUGCGCAGAGCGGUUCAGUCCGGGAGCGUCAACCUGAAGGACAGGCUCACCAUUGAGCUGCACGCGGAUGGGCGCCAUGGGAUUGUUCGUGUGGAUCGAGUGCCGCUGGCAGCCAAGCUGGUGGACCUGCCCUGUAUCAUCGAAAGCUUAAAAACCAUCGAUAAGAAAACCUUCUAUAAGACAGCAGAUAUCUGCCAGAUGCUUGUUUGCACUGUGGAUGGCGAUCUCUACCCUCCUUUGGAAGAGCAGACUGUGAGUACUGACCCCAAGGCCAACAAAAAAAAGGACAAGGACAGAGAGAAGAAAUUCAUCUGGAACCAUGGCAUUACUCUUCCCCUGAAAAAUGUACGGAAGAGACGAUUCCGGAAGACAGCUAAGAAGAAGUAUAUUGAAUCUCCUGAUGUGGAGAAGGAGGUGAAGCGUCUCCUGAGCACCGAUGCUGAAGCUGUCAGCGUCCGCUGGGAAGUCAUUGCUGAAGAUGAAACAAAAGAAGUGGACAACCACGGUUCACUCACGAGCCUGGACAUUUCUUCCCCAGGGAUGUCGGGACAUAAACAAGGCCAUGGCUCCUCAGAACAUGAUGAGCUGCGGGAGAUAUUUAAUGACAUCAGCAGCAGCAGUGAAGAUGAAGAUGAGCGGGAUCAUCAUGAUGAUGAAGACCUGAACAUUAUGGACACUGAGGAGGACUUGGAGAGGCAGCUGCAGGACAAACCAAAUGAAUCCGAUGGGCAACAGCAAGAGAAUGAGGGCUCCAACCAGAUAGUCAUGGGCAUCCAGAAACAGAUUGACAACCUGAAGAGUAAACUCCAGGAGACCCAGGACAGGAGGAAACGCCAGGAAGAUCUCAUCAUGAAAGUAGAGAACCUGGCCCUCAAGACCCGUCUCCAAGCUGUGCUGGAUGAGUUCAAACAGCAGGAAGAGCGAGAGAAGCAGCAGAUGACAUCUCUGCAGGAGCAGCUGGAGUCCCUCAUGGAGAAGUGAGGAAUGGGCCUGGCUGGAGCAGCAGGUCGUGUAUGGGCAAGCGGUGCUGGAAGUGCUCAGUCCCCAUGCUGAAGUCUUGCUGCAGUCACUGCUGCUGCUUUUGGGCAGGGCGAGAGGCACUGUGUCCAGAGCUGCUCCUACAUGCCUUGUGCUGAGCUUGGCUGAAGAAUUAGGCCUGUGAGAGCAGCCAAACGCUGGGACUUGCUGUAAAUAUUCAAGAGGGAUUUGGUUCUCCCCGGGUCAAUGCAGUGCAGCUCUCUGCACCUCACUGAGUCUUGAAUUUGAUGGGCUGUACCCUGGUGGGAGCUUGUCACUGCGUUUGGGAAAUACUUGUCUGCAAACCAGACGCAAUAAAGGACCAUUUCCAACCC